UCUCAUACAAACGACACGUGGCGGCACGCGUGUCUUGUUACAGACACAAAACGACGCUUUACAACCGAUUAAUUAAUUAACCACAACAGUGACGUGAAGUGAUGAAUUUUUCAACAAGCAAGACUAUUAACGUUGUGAUUGUACAAAGUGAAAGAGAAUUAUAGCAAAACAAAUUAACCAAAUCUAGUCGGAGUGCAAUUUUUUUAAGAAAAACUGGCGACAAAAUGUUUAAUAUGGAAAAUAUUGAUAUAGAUCUAGUCAACAGGCAGUUUUUUUUCGACUCUAGUCCUUACAUAAAUAGUGCCGUUAGUAGCACAAGUAGCACAACAGGAUCCUCCAAUAGUAGUGAUUUAUUUCUUUAUGAUGAGAAUAGCAGUGAUUCCGUUGGUUCCUCGUAUUCCUACAAUAGCGAUCAAGAAAACAGUUCGGGCUCAAAAGAAGGCCGUCUCCAUCGACACAGGCGAAGAAAUAAGUGCCCUCAGCAGCAAAUACAGCAGCGACAGGCAGCAAAUCUACGUGAAAGAAAACGAAUGCAGUCGAUCAACGACGCCUUCGAGGGUCUCAGGGCUCACAUUCCCACCCUCCCCUACGAAAAGCGCCUUUCCAAAGUAGACACUUUAAAACUAGCGAUAGGAUACAUAAACUUUUUAAGUGAACUAGUCAGGACUGACAGGAACUCCAACACGGACUGCUACAACGGUCACAACCGGAACACUCAGAAGGACGAGCCGAAAAAGGUCAUCGUUAGAGGAGCUGGUGGACUGUACACAGCACAUUCCUUAUCCUGGUCCAGGACGAAAGAGCCCAACUCCAACGGGAUUAUGCAUGCGAAGGUGUGGAUACCUGAAGAUCCAAGAACGAAUAAAGACGGCAGUAGUUCUUCAUUCAAUUUGUCCGACUAAACUUCCUUUUAUAUGAAUUUUUGUUACUUUUCGUUUCUUGUUACUGUUAUUCCUAUUUUUUAUAUAACUAUACCUAGUCCAAACUAGUCAUAGAUUAAUAAUACUCAACUAAGCAGAGAUUUUGUAAAUUAUU